AUGGACAUUCAUUCAUUGGGAGGAAAUAUUAAGAAGGCGACGGUAAAAGGGUUUUAUGAGAGAAAUGUUAAAAAGAAGAAUGGUUAUAUUAGUACUUUAGAUCAAAUUGGUUUAUGGAUUGAUA